AUGUUGCCGAUGCAAACGAUUGAUCCAAUGUCAUCGGUUCCAUCGACGUCGCGUGGCAUUCAAGAACAAGAUGAUCUUCGUUUUGAAACAGCAAGACUCUCGACUUUUCGAAACUGGCCUGUACAUCUUGCCAUUCCCCCUACAAUACUUGCAGCAGCAGGAUUCUUUUAUACGGGCAUAUCGAAUAAAGUCAAAUGUUUUGUGUGUCAAGUGGAGAUAAAUUACUCUCCACAGCAUCUUAUUCCCAUGCGAGUUCACAAGGCAUAUUCUCCGGAGUGCAAAUUCAUCCGCAUGGAAGAUUGUGGUAAUGUGCCAAUUGAAGAAAGUAACCGUUCAAUACCAAGAAGCGUUAGCAAAGAAGCAAAUUUGGAGUAUCUUUCUUAUGAAUCCAGAUUAGGCACAUUCGCAACAUGGCCUAAUACGUGUAUAAAAAUUGAAGAAUUAGCCGAUGCAGGCUUCUACUCCAACGGAAAAAAUGAUACGGCGGUCUGUCACCAUUGUGGAAUUGCUAUAGACAAUUGGAGUCCUGGAGAAGAUCCGUGGAAGCGACAUGCAAUUUCGUCUCCUGGAUGUUGUUAUAUAAGAAAAGCACGGGGUUAUGAAUAUAUUAAAAAUGUAACAAGCCAAGACUUCUACGAAACUCCUACAGAAGCACGAAUAGAAACUACAGUUGGCAAUCAUGAGAGAUCCCAUGAUGAAAAUGAAACUGACGAUAAUACUGUCGCUGAGAAAAUUGCUGCUCUAGAGCAAGAAAAUCAUGAAUUGGAGGAUGCUCGAUCGUGUAAAGUUUGCACGGUUCGAGAAGCAACAGUUGUAUUCCUACCUUGUGGACAUCUGGCAACUUGCCAGUAUUGCUCCCCUACAUUUACGAAAUGCAUAGUUUGCCGAGAAGAACUUAAAGCUGCAGUUCGUAUAGCUUUUUCUUAA